AUGGCUACUCUCAAUGGCUCGGACGACAAUGCGUCGCCUUUUCUCAUCCCAGGUCUCAAGUUCUUCUCAGACCCCAAAGCCACCACGCGUCCGGGAAACCUGUACGCAGAGAAGCUGAAUGCAGACUUCCACAAUGAUGCCAAGUCGGGUUAUCACAUCCCCUUUGUCCCUGUCGGGGUGCCCGAGAACAGGAAGCUCAAGGUCAUAACAAUUGGUGCUGGACUUUGCGGCGUCAUGUUGGCGUACAACAUCGAGAAGCACACCCCAAACGUGGAGCACGUCAUCUAUGAGAAGAACCCCGAGGUUGGCGGAACAUGGUAUCAGAAUCGAUACCCCAUGGCCGGCUGUGACUCGCCAACAUGCACGUAUCAGUUCAACUUUGCCAUUUCUCCUGACUGGGAAGAUUUCUAUUCGUCCGCCGAUUACCUACGCCAAUACAUAAACAAAGUCGUUGACAAGCUCGAUCUGAAGAAAUACAUGACCUUCAACUCGAAGGUUAUUGAGGCUCGCUUCGAUGACCAGAAAGGCAUAUGGGAGCUGAAGAUUGAGCAGACGCUGGCUGAUGGAACCAAGAAGAUUAUCACUGACGACUGCGAUCUGCUUCUCGGUGCUGUGGGCAUUCUAGAUCGAUGGGAGCUGCCCAAGAUUACCGGCCUGGACACUUUCCGGGGUCGAGUCAUCCAUUCAGCCGACAGAGCCCAAUGGGGAGAAUAUACCCAGGAUAAAUGGGCAAAGGAAAACGUCGUCGUCAUCGGCUCCGGGGCGAGCAGUAUCCAGGCCGUACCAGGCAUGCAGCCCCAUACCAAAAAGCUGGAUGUCUUUGUCCGCACUCCCCCGUGGUUCUUUGCCCAGCCCGACAACAUCAAGGGUGAGACGAGGCCUCAAGGGUACAAGUGUGAGAAUCCUUCCCUGCUUGUUUUGGAUACUGCUAACGAUGCCAUCUGGAAAGACACCGAAGAGGAGAGAGCCUUGCACCACCUCAUGGUCAAGCAUAAUCCGCUCCAUCACCAGGCUCGAGAGCAAAUCACGAAGCGAACGCGGGAGUGGAUCAAAGACGACUACAUCUUUGACAACAUCAUUCCCAACUUUAGUGUUGGAUGCCGCCGAAUCGCCCCGGGAGAUCCUUACAUGCUGGCCAUUCAGAAGCCAAACGUCGAGAUGCACUUCUGCGGCAUAGCGGAGGUUGUUGAGGAUGGAGUGAUUGGCGACGACGGCCAAAAGGUCGUCUGCGAUACUAUUGUCUGCGCAACCGGGUUUGACGUUUCAUACCGACCUCCAUUUCCACUCCUUGGUUUGGGUGGUGUUGAUCUGCGCAAGGAAUGGGAAGAGAUUCCCGCAAGCUACCUGGGUGUUAUGGCACCUCAGAUUCCGAAUUACUUGAUGUACCUCGGGCCCAACUCUCCAGUCGAAAGCGGCAGCAUCACGGGCGAACUCGAAGCCCUCGUAUCUUACACGCUCAAGGUCAUCACGAAAAUGCAGACCAACAAUAUCAAAUACUUUGUCCCCAAGCAAGAUGUCUCUGACGAGUUCAACAAGCACACUCAGAGCUGGUUCAAAGGCACUGUGUGGGAAGAAGACUGCAAUGCCUGGUACAAGAACAGAAAGACUGGACGUGUGGAUGCUAUUUGGCCUGGUAGCGCCCUUCAUUACCGAGUUGCGCUGGAGGAGCCUCGCUGGGAAGACAUGGAGAUUAAGUAUCAUGGUCCGAACCGAUUCCAAUUCCUCGGAUAUGGCUACUCAGCUGUGGAUCUGAGCACCGAUCCUGACGCGGAUCGGUCCCCCUACAUGAACGAAGACGCCCUUGAUCCUCGGUUCUACCAGUAG